CUGCCACUGCAAACUUUCUUUUUGUUUUUCUCCAGAGGCAGCCCGUCCCCAUGCACAAGCAAUCCCACCUUUAUCCAGACCUCGGCUAUUCCGGGCUCCAGGCGAUCUAUAAUUAGCUUUUCUAAACCCCAUCGUCCCGCAGUGCCCACAGACUGAUGGUCCCACACACACACAACCACCACCACCACAGCCCGUGCGGGAUUGGGUGGAAUAUCGCCUUGGGCUAGGCUGAUGUGACUCGGGGUUUAGCCCGCCUCCAUGGAUGCCAGGACAUCGCCACAUAUCGUCCGUGCCGUCAUCGUCGGCAGCGACAUGCUGCAUGAUCGCCAUUGCAACGACAAUUGUGACUUUGCAAAUCUACCUCAAUUCCACAAUGUCGGACACAGAAAGAGGCACCCAAAUCGUUUUGCCGAUAUCGGCGUCAUGACACAGCUGUGCGAGGCCUGCGACAAGCUUGGCUUCAAGGCACCCACCGAGAUCCAGCGCGACGCGAUUCCUUGGGCCCUGCAGGGCCGCGACGUGAUCGGCCUGGCGCAGACCGGCUCCGGAAAGACCGCUGCCUUUGCGCUCCCGAUCCUGCAGGCGCUCUGGGAGAACCCAUCCCCGCUGUUUGCAUGCGUGAUGGCGCCGACGCGCGAGCUGGCGUCCAGAUUGCAGAGACAUUUGAGGCGCUGGGUUCGGCGAUUGGCGCGCGGCGCAGUAGUCGUUGGCGGCAUGGACAUGAUUGCACAGCAAAUCGCCUGUCGCGACCACCUGGAGAACACCAAGGGCUUUUCGCUGCGCACGCUAAAAUACCUGAUUGACCAGAUCCUAAAGGUCAUCCCACGCGAGCGAAACACGUUCUUGUUCUCGGCCACCAUGACCACCAAGGUAGCGAAGCUGCAGAGGGCGUCGCUGACAAACCCUGUCAAGGUUGAGGUGUCGACAAAGUACUCAACUGCCGACAAGCUGCUGCAAUACUACAUGUUCUUCCCAUUCAAGCGCAAGGACUGCUAUCUGUCGGCGAUUGUGUUUGCGCGCACCUGUAACGAGGUCCUGCGUAUCGGUUUGCUGCUGCGCAACCUGGGCAUCGAGGCUAUUCCUUUGCAUGGCCAGCUCAGCAUGGAUCGCCGCAUGGGAGCGCUGAACAAGUUCAAGUCUGGUAAGCGCAACGUCCUGGUGGCCACCGAUGUGGCCUCGCGUGGCCUCGACAUCCCGGCCGUCGACAUUGUCGUCAACUACGACAUUCCGACCCACUCCAAGGACUAUAUCCACCGUGUCGGUCGCACAGCCCGCGCUGGCCGCUCGGGCCGUGCUAUCUCAUUUGUGACCCACGUAUCGAAGCAGGUCAUUGGCAAAAAGCUGGACGAAUUCCCGGGCAACAAGGAUGAAAUCAUGCUUCUGCAGGAGCGCGUCAACGAGGCACAGCGCAUGGCCACGCUGGAGCUCAAGGAACUGCAGGCCAAGAAGGGCAGCCAAGGGCAAAGGCAAGCCGGUCGCGCGAUGACAACGACGACGACAACAGCAAGCGGAUCUCGGUGGACGAGGCCAAGAAGAUCCGCAAGGGCGGCAAGGGCGGCAAGGAAGCAGCGGCGAUAA